UGUAGCUUAAAAAAAUAGACGCCUGAUACGCACCAAGUCACGAGUUCGAAUCACAGUAGAGCAGAGAGCUUUGAUAAUUUGAUAAAAAGAAAAGAUGCCUGUGCGAAGGGUUGCGAUGGGCGGAGCCGACGAGGCGACCCAUCCAGAUUCUCAUAGAGCCGCUGUAGCUGAGUUCUUCUCCACUCUCAUCUUCGUCUACGCUGCACAAGGAUCUGUCAUGGCUUGCGCAAAGAUGACAGGCAGUGCGCCGACAAAUGUUGGCGGUCUGGUGGCGAUUGCCCUGGCACACGGUCUAGCGUUUUUCGUGGGCGUUGCAGUCGCCACAAACAUAUCCGGCGGCCACGUCAACCCCGCAGUGACAUUCGGUGCUCUUGUUGGAGGCCACGUGUCGCUUCUGAGAGCCGUGAUGUACUGGAUUGCGCAGCUUCUAGGCUCCGUCGUUGCAUGCCUCCUCCUCAUGUUCACCACCGGAAAAUCGCACAUUCCAGUAUUGAGGGUGGCACACGGAGUAGGAGCGGGGAAUGCACUGGUAUUUGAGAUUGUAAUGACAUUCGGGCUUGUAUACACAGUUUAUGCGACCGCCAUUGAUGCAAAGAGAGGGCGGCUGGGCGUUAUAGCACCCCUUGCAAUAGGGUUGAUUGUGGCUGCAAAUAUAUUGGCGAGUGGGGCAUUUGAAGGGGCUUCCAUGAAUCCUGCAAGGGCUUUUGGGCCUGCUCUGGUCAGCUGGUCAUGGCGGUACCAGUGGAUUCACUGGGUGGGUCCAUUUCUAGGUGCAGGUCUCGCUGGGCUUAUUUAUGAGCACUUCAUGACUCCCAUUGAACCUGCUCACAGGCCACUCACAGCUGAGGAUUACUGAGCUUCAUCAUCUGAAACUUUAGCUUUUUCUUCCUUUUUCUUUUCUUAUUUGAAGACUCAGUGUGUGCAGUAUAGUCUUUCUUUUGCAUGUAUUUUUGUACAGCUUUUUAAUCAGCAGAAAAUUUGUAUUGGGUUUCAGAAACUAUGGUAUUGCUUUUUAGAAUGCCAUCAAGCUAUGUACUAGUUUGUUGUUAGACUCUCUUUAUAAAAAAAUAGAGGAGCAACUUUUGAUA